AUGCAACUUCUUAUUUAGACACAGAUUGCUCAGAGUCCUGUUUGUCAGCUUGGUACAAUGAGGAGAACUGAAGAUCUGAGGGUGAACUCAGGGAACUCUUCUGAUGAUAUUACAUAUGUCAAUAUGCAAGAUUUUAACGCACAGAAGAUAGAGUAUCAUCCAAACCAUGGAGCUGCCAAGAAUACCCACAAUAAAAUCAUACGGAUACUGAUGGUUCUCUCAAUCUUGAUGUUUCUUAUUUUGGCCGUCUUAACAAGUCUUCUGUUUAUUAAAUAUAUAACCAUUACAGAGGAAUUGUCACAAAUGAAAAACAACGUUGACAGACGUACUUCGGAACUUCAGAGGGAUGUAGAGAGCCUAAAAACAAAAAGGCCCUCCUGUGAGAAUGGUUGGCUGGAAUUUGAAGACCAUUGUUAUUUUUUCUCUAAUUUUGAACUAAAUUGGACAAACGCUGAGAAGAUGUGUCUGAACAGAGAAAGUCAUCUGGUUAUAGUAAACAGUGAAUCAGAGCAGACAUUCUUACAUAAAAACUAUAACAAAAAAAAUUAUUGGAUUGGUCUGACAGAUGUGGACAACGAAGGUACAUUUCAGUGGAUUGAUGGCACGGAGGUAUCAUACACAUCUUGGAGAGACAGAGAACCAAAUGGUGGAACCAAGGAGAACUGUGCUAAUCUGUAUAAAGAUAGAAAAUGGAAUGAUUAUGACUGUAAUAUAAAUAAUCAUGCCAUCUGUGAGAAAAGACUGCUAUGAUAUUUAUUUCCUCUCUUUGGAAUACUUGCGCCUCUGGGACUCUGGAAAUAUAUCCUGGACAAUUUGUUGGUCCUUUACAAUGUUAUCCAUGGCUGCAAGUACAGUUGAAGAAUUUCGACAUAAUCAUGUAUGGUAGUUCAAUGUUCCAACCAUGGAGUUAUGAAAUGCCUUUAUAUAUAAUUAAUGUUUUACCACUUUUAUGUAAAGUCUACUAUUAUUAUUUUAUUCCUUUGCCGCUUUCCUCUUUUAUGAAAUAGAUGUGACUGGAUAAAGGUUUUUACGAA